AUGGCUGCCAUCAGGAAGAAACUGGUGAUUGUUGGUGAUGGAGCAUGUGGCAAGACAUGCUUGCUCAUAGUUUUCAGCAAGGAUCAGUUCCCAGAAGUAUAUAUGCCCACAGUGUUUGAAAACUAUGUGGCUGAUAUUGAAGUGGAUGGAAAGCAGGUAGAGUUGGCUUUGUGGGAUACAGCUGGGCAGGAAGACUACGAUCGCCUGAGGCCCCUCUCCUACCCAGACACUGAUGUUAUACUGAUGUGUUUCUCCAUCGACAACCCUGAUAGUUUAGAAAACAUCCCAGAAAAAUGGACCCCAGAAGUCAAGCAUUUCUGUCCCAGCGUCCCCAUCAUCCUGGUUGGGAAUAAGAAGGAUCUUCGAAAUGAUGAGCACACAAGGCAGGAGUUAGCCAAGAUGAAGCAGGAGCCAGUAAAACCUGAAGAAGGCAGAGAUAUGGCAAACAGGAUUGGUGCCUUUGGGUACAUGGAGUGCUCAGCCAAGACCAAAGAUGGAGUGAGGGAGGUCUUUGGAAUGGCCACGAGAGCCGCUCUGCAAGUCAGACGUGGGAAGAAAAAAUCCGGGUGCCUUGUUUUGUGA